AUUUCUUUUGAAACGGAACCCUGCAAAAUUUCUCCGUGUAUAAAAGAAUUUGGGGUUUCCGGAAAAGAGAAGGUUCUCUAUCUCUCUCGCAGAAGGGGAACUGCGAGAAUACAUCACCUGAGGAUUCGGGAAUUUUGUUCGGGUCGUUGCUUCUCUUAGGGAUUUGAUCCAUGGCUUCGAAGCGGAUUCUCAAGGAACUGAAGGACCUUCAGAAGGAUCCUCCCGUCUCUUGUAGUGCAGGCCCUGUAGCGGAAGACAUGUUCCACUGGCAGGCGACCAUUAUGGGGCCCCCUGAAAGCCCCUAUGCUGGGGGUGUCUUCCUUGUGAGCAUUCACUUCCCACCUGAUUACCCGUUCAAGCCUCCUAAGGUAGCAUUCCGUACCAAAGUCUUCCAUCCAAACAUCAACAGCAACGGGAGCAUCUGUCUAGACAUUCUGAAGGAACAAUGGAGCCCUGCCUUGACCAUUUCUAAAGUAUUGCUGUCUAUCUGCUCUCUUUUAACUGAUCCAAACCCCGACGACCCACUGGUGCCUGAGAUUGCACACAUGUACAAAACUGACAGGGCUAAGUAUGAAUUAACAGCACGCAACUGGACCCAGAAGUAUGCAAUGGGAUAGAUGGUGAGGUAGUUCAUAGGUUAAAGACGAAUGUGUUCCCUUCGCUUCGAUCUGUGGCCUUCAAACCUGGAGAUAUAAUAAAUAUAGACCUGAUUUAGGUUUUCCAAAGUUGGAAAUGUGGGAUUUUCUGUCUUUGACUGUUCAGUCAGUUUAGGAUUUACAUGAUCAUAUGUGUGGUUCAUUUAUUUCUUCCGUCAAGCCGUCAACACCUGUUUUCAUUUGUAUGCGCCAUUUACGUAUCUGCCAACCCCCCGAGAGAUUUCUUCAUUAUUAGAGAAACAAUGCUGUACAUUUUGAAUUCGUCACAAUUUGGUAGUCCGACCAAGGAAACUCACAAUGCUCGGUAUAUAUUUUUCUCCGGUUCAAUGAAAUUGUAUUGUAACUGA